CCUCAGGUGGUCCUGGACGCGCCAGGCUGGGGCCGCUUCUGAGCGCCCCGCGGGGGCCAUGGAUGACGAGACGGCAGCGGAGCAGGGGAGCCCUGCGCCUCCUCCCCAGGCACCCACCGCACCCGGCUCCGGAGGUGAUCCGGUCCCUGGGGGACGGCGGGAACCCAAGAAGUAUGCGGUGACCGACGACUAUCAGUUGUCCAAGCAGGUGCUGGGCCUGGGUGUGAACGGCAAGGUGCUGGAGUGCUUCCACCGGCGCACGGGGCAGAAGUGCGCCCUGAAGCUCCUGUACGACAGUCCCAAGGCCCGGCAGGAGGUGGACCACCACUGGCAGGCCUCCGGUGGCCCACACAUCGUGCGCAUUCUGGACGUGUACGAGAACAUGCAUCAUAACAAGCGCUGCCUCCUCAUCGUCAUGGAAUGCAUGGAAGGAGGUGAGUUAUUCAGCAGGAUCCAGGAGCGUGGUGACCAGGCCUUCACCGAGAGAGAGGCUGCAGAGAUCAUGCGGGAUAUUGGUACCGCCAUCCAGUUCCUGCACAGCCGGAACAUCGCCCACCGGGAUGUCAAACCUGAAAACCUGUUAUACACAUCCAAAGGGAAGGAUGCGGUGCUCAAGCUUACCGAUUUUGGCUUUGCCAAGGAAACCACUAUGAAUGCCCUGCAGACACCCUGCUACACCCCCUAUUAUGUGGCCCCUGAGGUCCUGGGUCCAGAGAAGUAUGACAAAUCCUGUGACAUGUGGUCCCUGGGCGUCAUCAUGUACAUCCUCCUGUGCGGCUUCCCACCCUUCUACUCCAACACGGGCCAGGCCAUCUCCCCAGGGAUGAAGAGAAGGAUCCGCCUGGGUCAGUACGGCUUCCCCAGCCCCGAGUGGUGCGAAGUCUCUGAGGAUGCCAAGCAGCUGAUCCGCCUCCUGUUGAAGACAGACCCCACAGAGAGGCUGACCAUCACACAGUUCAUGAACCAUCCCUGGAUCAAUCAAUUGAUGGUGGUGCCACAGACCCCUCUCCACACAGCCCGAGUGCUUCAAGAGGACAAAGACCACUGGGAUGAAGUCAAGGAGGAGAUGACCAGCGCCCUUGCCACCAUGAGGGUAGACUAUGACCAGGUGAAGAUCAAGGACCUGAAGACCUCAAACAAUCGGCUCCUCAACAAGCGGAGGAAAAAGCAGGCGGGCAGUUCCUCGGCCUCGCAGGGCUGUAACAACCAAUAGCUCACGGAGUGAUGGGAGAGCCAGGCCACUCAGCCUGGGGACACAUUGGACUGUGCCGGAGCCUGGCUAGGGGGCUCCUUGGAGGUCUAUUUUUUAAACAAAAUGAUUAUUUUGUUGCGUUUUAAUUUUUCACCUGGAACUUCAGGAUGGGGGCCCUGAGCAAACCUCCUUCAGA